AUGGGGCUGCGGCCGCCGCGGCCCGGGGGGGCGGCGCGGCCCGGGGGGGCGGCCCGGGGGGGCCCCGCGCUGCUCCCGCUGCUGCUCCCGCUGCUGCUCCCGCUGCUGCUCCUGCCCGCCGGCGCCGGGGCCAAGUACGUCCGCGGCAACAUCAGCACCAAGGAGGACUGGGUGUUCCUGACCCGCUUCUGCUUUCUGUCCGACUACGGGCGCCUGGAUUUCCGGUUCCGAUACCCGGAGGCCAAGUGCUGCGAAAACAUCCUGCUCUACUUCGACGACCCCUCGCAAUGGCCCGCGGUCUACAAAAAGGGCAACAAGGACUGCCUGGCGAAGGAGUCGGUGAUCCGGCCGGAGAACAACCAGGUCAUCAACCUGACCACGGCGUACGCCUGGUCGGGCUGCCAGGUGCUGCUGCAGGACUCGGUGCGGUACCUGAGCUGCGCCAGCGGCCGCAGCUUCCGCUCCGUGCGGGAGCGCUGGUGGUACGUGGCCCUCAGCAAGUGCGGGGGCGACGGGCUGCAGCUGGAGUACGAGAUGGUGCUCACGAACGGGAAAUCCUUCUGGACCCGGCACUUCUCCGCUGACGAGUUCGGCAUCCUGGAGACAGACAUCACCUUCCUCCUCAUCUUCGUCCUCAUCUUCCUCGUCUCCUGCUACUUCGGCUACCUGCUGAAGGGCCGGCAGCUGCUGCACACCACCUACAAGAUGUUCAUGGCGGCGGGCGGCGUGGAGGUGCUCAGCCUGCUCCUCUGCUGCGGCUACUGGGGCCAGUACGCCUGUGACGGCGUGGGCAACGCCAGCCUCAAGAUCCUGGCCAAGCUGCUGUUCUCCGUCAGCUUCCUCAUCUUCCUGCUGAUGCUGAUCCUGCUGGGAAAGGGCUUCACCGUCACCAGGGGCCGCAUCAGCCACACGGGCUCGGUGAAGCUCUCGGUCUACAUGACGCUCUACUCCAUCACCCACGUGGUCCUGCUCAUCUACGAGGCCGAGUUCUUCGACCCCGCGCAGGUGCUGUACACCUACGAGUCGCCGGCCGGCUACGGGCUCAUCGCCCUGCAGUUCCUGGCCUACGUCUGGUUCUGCUACGCCAUCCUCAUCACCCUCAAGCAGUUCCCCGAGAAGCAGCCCUUCUACGUGCCCUUCUUCGCCGCCUACACGCUCUGGUUCUUCGCGGUGCCGGUGACGGCGCUGAUCGCCAACUUCGGGAUCCCCAAGUGGGCGCGGGAGAAGAUCGUCAACGGGAUCCAGCUGGGAAUCCACCUCUACGCCCACGCCGUCUUCCUGGUGAUGACGCGACCCUCGGCGGCCAACAAGAACUUCCCCUACCACGUGCGGACCUCGCAGAUCGGCAUCGUGGAGGAGGGGGCGGCGGGCGCCAAGUUCCCCCACCACGUCUACGGCAACGUCACCUUCAUCAGCGACUCCGUGCCCAACUUCACCGAGCUCUUCUCCAUCCCCCAGGGCCCCGGCGGCGCCGCCACCGUGCGGAAGCAGGUGGAGGAGACGCCAGCGGCGGAGCGGGGCCCCCCCGCCGGGCGCGUGGUGACCACGGCGGAGCCGGGGGGGCCCCCCCGGGCGCCCCCCAAGGGCGCGGGGCCGGGGGGCGAGGGCCCGCGGCCCCCCUGCCAGCUGCAGGCGCCCCAGCUCGCCGCCCACAACGGCUACACCGAGUACUUCAGCAUGCACACGGCGGGGGCCCGGCACUUGUAGCCCCCCGGCCGCGGGGGGCCCGGGCCCUGCCCCACGGGGCCCCCAAGUCCUGCCCCCUUGGGGGGCCCCCGGAUCCUGCCCCAUGGGGCCGCCACGUCCUGUCCCCUGGGGUCCUUGAAUCCUGCCCCAGUGGGACCCCAGAUCCUGCCCUGGUGGGACCUCAAGUCCUGCCCCAAGGGACCCCCCCAAGUCCUGCCCCAUUGGGACCCCCAAAUCCUUCCCCAUGGGGCCCCAAGUCCUUUCCCAUGGGGUCCUUGAAUCCUGCCCCAUUGGGACCCCCAAAUCCUUCCCCAGUGGGACCCCAAGUCCUUUCCCAUGGGGUCCUCGAAUCCUGCCCCUAUGGGACCCCCAAAUUCUUCCCCAGUGGGACCCCAAGGGACCCCCAAGUCCGUUCCCACAGGGUCCUUGAAUCCUGCCCCCAAAGACCCCCAAGUCCUCCCCCACUGGGCCCCCCAAAUCCUGCCCCAUGGGACCUCCAGUGCUGCCCCAUUGGGACCCUAAAUCCUGCUGCAAAGGACCCCCAAGUCCUGCCUAGUGGGACCCCAAAUCCUGCCCCGCUGGGGUCAUCCCUGCCCCACAGGAAGGUCCCAGCCCCCCCCAACCCCCAGGCAGGGUGAACGUGGGGCGCCCCGUCCCCCCAUGUGGGGGGGGGGCAGCCCUCUUGCCCCCCUUUGUCCCCCCCCCCCACCCUGGGGUGCAAUGGGGCCAGGUCUGCCCCCCCCAGACCCCCAUUUCUGGAGAGAAGGAUUUUGCCAAAAUAAAGAGGAUUCUCGUGUUUC